UCAAAUGUGCACAAAUAUUGCAACAAGUCCAUAUUUUAGACGUGCAUUUUUUCGUAGUGAUUCCCCACUUGUCUUGAUAUUUAAAGGUAUAUCGUAACUUCACUCUGCAUAAAUUUAAAAAAUGAAACCGAGCGUAGUAUUAAUGUUUUUAUAUGGGUUUGUACCCCAGAUAUUGACUCAGUCGACGAAUGAUCCCACCAUCAACACCAAUACUACUUUAAAUGGAACUGCAAAUGAUAAUACAACUGUCUCGACCCACAACACCUCGAAUUUAACGACAACUUCUACGCCAACAAAUAGUACCACUUUAAGAACAACUAAAUUAACCACCAUGGUUCCAAGUACGACAUUUUUCAUGAACGAUACUACUUUUGGCGUGGCGGAAACUAAUGAUAUAACGUCAACAAUUUUAGAAACAACAUUGACGACAAACAACAUCUCAGAAUUCACAACAGCUUCCACAGCAACUAUUAGUACUACUGCAACCGAAUUCACUAAAGGUACCACAACCAUGGUUCCAACUACGACAUUUUCUGCAAAUGAUACUAUUUUUACUGUAACGGAAACUGAUAAUACAACGUCAACAAUUUUAGAAACAACAUUGACGACAAACAACAUCUCAGAAUUAACAACAGCUUCCACAGCAACUAUUAGUACUACUGCAACCGAAUUCACUAAAGGUACCACAACCAUGGUUCCAACUACGACAUUUUCUGCAAAUGAUACUAUUUUUACUGUAACGGAAACUGAUGAAACAACGCUUGCAGUUGUAGAAACAACAUUGACGACAAACAACACUUCAGAAUUAACGAUAUCUUCCACGCCAAUAAAUAGUAUUACUACAAAUGGAACUGCAAACGAAACCACUAAAGGUACUACCGUCCUUCCAAGUACGACAUUUUCUACAAACAAUACUACUUUUGACAUGGCGGAAACUGAGGAUACAACAUUAACGAUUGUAGAAACAAUAGUGCCGACAAACAACAUCUCAGAAUUAUCGACAGUUUCCACGGCCACAAUUAGUACUACUUCCAAUGGAACUACAACCGAAACCAUUAAAGAUACCAUCACCAUGGUACCAAUUACGACGUUUUCUGUAAAUGAUACUGCUUUUAAUGUGACGGAAGCUGUUGUAGAAACAACAGUAUCAACAAACAACGUUUCAGAAUUAACGACAGUCUCUACACCAAUCAAUAGUACUACUUCAAAUGGAACUGCAAACGUAACUACCAUGGUUCCGAGUACGCCAUCUUCCAUAAACGAUAAUACUUUUGACGUGGCAGAAACUGAUGAUACAACGCCAACAAUUGUGGAAACAACAGUGCCGGCAAACAACAUCUCAGAAUUAACAACAAUUUCCUCAACCACAAUUAGUACUACUUCCAAUGGAACUGCAACCGGUACCAUCACCAUGCUUCCAACUACGACGUUUUCUGUAAAUGAUACUACUUUUAACGUGGCGGAAACUGAUGAUACAACACCAACAAUUGUAGAAACAACAGUGCCGACAAACAACAUCUCUGAAAUAACGACAGCUUCCUCUGCAAUAAAUAGUACUACUUACAAUGGAACUACAACCGGAACCACUAAAGUAACCACCAUACUUCCAACUACGAUAUUAUCUGGGAAUGAUACUACUUUUAUUGUGACAGAAACUGAUGAUACAACGCUUCCAGCUGUAGAAACAACAGUGUCGACAAACAACGUUUCAGAAUUAACGACAGCCUCUACGCCAAUUAAUAGUACUACUUCAAAUGGAACUGCAAACGAAACCACUAAAGUAAUCACUAUGGUUCCGAGUACGCCAUCUUCCAUAAACGAUAAUACUUUUGACGUGGUGGAAACUGAUGAUACGACGCCAACAAUUGUGGAAACAAAAGUGCCGACGAACAACAUCUCACAAUUAACGACAACUUCCACGCCAAUAAAUAGUACUACUUCCAAUGGAACUACAACCGGUUGUGAAACUUGUGCGGAGUCGUCCACACCUCUAACAACACCUGCAUCGAGUGGUGAUAGUGCAAGACGAAUGUCUUUUUAUUUCACAAUGUUUAUAGCUUGCAUCUUUUGUGUAUUAUUAGUGGCGUGAUUUAUGUUUAAAUUAAUUCUUUUGAGUUAACUGCAAUUUAAUUAACCAUAACGAACCGCAGUCAACAAUAAAUAAUAAUUACAUAAAAGACUGGUAUUCGGUUGUACUAAAAAUAGGUUGUAAGUAGUACUUAAUUAUAAUAGUAAUUUCAAUUAAUUGUAGUUCAAUAAUUAUAUUUUAACUUUUUUACUGUCAUUAAAUUCUCCGUAGAUAAUUAUUUUAAGUCGUAAACAAUGAACUCAUUUCUUCCUAAUUGUCAUGUAAUUGAACAACAUACAAAGAGGAAAAAGAAAACCCCAAAAUUGAUUACGAAAUACAUAUCAUACAAAAAUGUUAAAAUUGGAUUUUUAUUUCAUUCUUCAAAAUCUGAUAACGUUAACUUUAUGCGUCAUGUGUAAAACCACUGUCAUUUCCAAAAGUAAUCUACAAUAUAUUAUUAUUAAUAAAUAUACACCUGGCGUAAAUCUAUAAUGGUUUUAUUUAGGUAGAAAAGUACCGUGACUAAACAAAUCGUAUUUUUUUCAAACAUCGUAUAUUUGGAGCCGGAGCAUCACAGACAACAACAUUAAAAAUUUCGAAAAUGGGUUAUGCGCAAGAAACUUGCAUUUAUAAUCAUCGACAAAAAUAUUCCCGUCCCUGUUUAGACAAGAAUAUCAAACAAUUUAAUGAAUAAUCAGAGCAAACAUGAAAACAAUGACCUGAGUUUUGCCUUAUCAAAAGUGCAAACAUACACCUCAUAACAAUGAAAUCAAAUCUCCAAAAAUAAUUCGUACGCAGUUGCAAUAAGGAAAAUUGACUCAACCUCUAGAUAUUCAAAUAUUUAUUUUUAUUUGUGAUUCAUUUGUUCCUUUUUUUCAGUAGCUUAUGUAUAAAUAGGAGCUAACAGUAGUGACUUGCCUUAGCAACUCAAUACGCACCAUGAAGAUCGUCUUCUUGGCAGCGAUUUUGGUAGAAUGGACAUACUGCGUGGGAGCGCAAAAUCAGACAAUCUUUGUAGAUGUUACAGGGGGUACCACGGCAAUGGCAGAAAUGACUUCAACGACUUCGGUUAAUGUUGAUUUUACGAGUACAGUAGUAAGUAAUGUAACUGAUAAUUAUAUAGUAAUGACAACAAACGCGGAUGAAUUAAAUAACAAUCCAAGUUUAAAUACCAGUCCAACUACUUACAAAGAUAUCGAUUCUAGUACUACUACAACAGAUCCAAUCACGACAGUAGAGCCGCUGAGCGGAGGAACUGUUCUCUACGCAAGUCGAUAUGUGUUGAUUCUAUUACCAAUUUUGUUUCUAAUGUAGUUCUAAAUAUAGACACUUUUAAAAAAUCGAA